AUGGAGCCUGCAAACAUCGGCGACCUUCGGCCAGUCGGUGGUGACCCUGUUUGGGUCGGCGACUGGGCACUGCCCCGUGACCAGCAAGGCCUCAAAGUCUUGGGCACGCCGCUGGGGUCGGAGGCGUUUGUGCGGAACCAGCUCGUGCUCAAACGGGAGGCCCAUGACCGCUUGCUGCAUGCCAUCCCCGCGGUUGAGGACCUUCAAGCGGCAUGGCUGCUGCUGCGCUACUGCGCUGCACCGCGAGCCAACUACCUCCUCCGCCUCUUGUCCCCAGCAGCAACGGCCGAUUACGCCACCGAGCACGACGCCUCGGACCGCCAGGCAGCACACCUUGGGCAUCCUGGUGUGACGCACCUCCUGUCCUGCGGGAUCGGGAACCGUGUGACCACCUCCGUGGAUGGCAGCGCCGUGCUGCCCUGUGACGAGCGCGCGUUUGAAAGCAAACACAGCCUCUCCGUCUCGCAUGCCGGCCUGCACCUCUUGGAGUGCGGCGUGGGCACCGAGCGAGCACAGGCGCCCAAGGACAUCUCCGACAACAAGGACCCGCACGCCGCCCCCGGACUUGCGCAGCGCGACCAUGCGGCCAACUCGGAGUGCAGCGAAGGCCAGCGGCGGGACAUCGGUUUGGGCAACACGCUCGGCGACGACGUGGAGAAGCCGACCAUCCUCCUCAUCAUCAAGAAAGAUUCGGAGAUGUUCAUUGGUCGCCCCCAAAAAGGCCUGCUGCCGCUCCCCGACGGGCGCCUCGAAGCGAUGCCAAAAAUUGUGAGGCGGGAAGCAGACAUGAUCACGCAACUCGGUGAGUGUCGUGCUCGGGGCAAGCGGCUCAGCGACCAGCGUGCGAGACGCAGCCGACAGCUCCCCCAGGUGCGGGCAGCUUGUGUGGUGCAGGAGCAUGCACGGGGCCAGCAUGAACAGCUUCCAACCCCGGAAUUCCUCUUGAGGGGAGGCACGCGCCGCAGCAAGCCGGAGUCCAGCUCGCAGAGCGCCACGGACGGUGCCCCGCAGUUUUGCAGGCACGCUUUGGAGGGUAUGCACGCGUUUGCGGACCUCGUCCUCGAAGGAUACGGCAUCAAGCGAAACCAAGCCUGCCUGAAAAGCCUCCUCAGCGGCUGCUGCGUGCCGCUGCGGCCCGGUCGGCCUGUUUGCGGGGUCGCGCUGCACGUCGGCAGAAACACCGCCAGACGGCAUGGGCGGCGGCGCGGUGAUUGCGAU